UUUUGUUUCCUCAAUCAGUGUAAAUGAAUCAGAUUUCUCUGUUUGUUCCUCUGAAGCUCUGCCGCCAUCAGACAAAGACAGAGUUUAUUAAAGGACAGUGAGAAGAUGAGUGAUCCAGAACCCUGCACAAUUAAACAGGAAGAGACUGAAGCACAAAUAGAUGUGAUCCUGGAGGAGGAGAGUGAAGCACUGAGUGAAGAUGAGGAGAAACAUCAUGUCAAAAAUGUGAAGGAGGAGAGUGAAGCACCGAGUGAAGAUGAGGAGAAAUAUCAUGUCAAAAGCGAAACUGAAACUCAGUCAGACAUGGAACAAAGUGUUUUAAUGAACAACACAGCUGUAAACAAUUUCAUCUGCACUCAGUGUGGAAAGAGUUUCAGCCGCAAGUGCAGUUUCAGUCUUCACAUGAAGACCCACACUGGAAAGAAACCUUACAAGUGUACACAGUGCGACAAGAGAUACCGAAAUUCAAGACAUCUGAGAUCACACAUGAAGAGUCACCCUGGAGUGAAACCGUUUCACUGCAUUGAUUGUGGGAAGAGAUUUGCAGAUUCAACUUCUCUACGAACACAUGCGAUAACAUUUCAUAAACAGAGUGAAAACAUGAAACUCUACCUCAAUGUUCGUUCGAAGAAGAGGCCGUAUGUAUGCUUAUCAUGUGGAAACAGUUACAACCAUCCAGACAAAUUAAAAAAACAUGAGGUUGUCCACACUGGAGACAAACCUUUCCCGUGUUCACACUGCGGCAAAUCAUUCAGCCAGUUAGGAAACCUGAAACUACAUGAGAGGAUUCACACUGGAGAGAAACCGUACAAGUGUUCACACUGCAGUAAGAGCUUCAAUCAGUCUGCAAAUCUGAAAACGCAUGAGAUGAUGCACACCGGAGAGAAGCCAUUCGCAUGUCCUGAGUGUGGGAAGAGAUUCAGACACUCAUCGCACAUGGGUCGACACAUGAAGACACACACUGGAGAGAAACCACACGAAUGUGAGCAAUGCGGCAAAACGUUUUUGACCGUUUCAGAGCUGAAGGAGCAUCGUAGGGUUCACACGAAGGAGAGGCCUUAUUCAUGCUCGGAGUGUGGAAAUUGUUUUACACGACUGACAAGUUUAAGAAAACAUGAGAAGAUCCACACUGGUGUGAAAAAUCAUGUGUGCGGCGUGUGUGGGAAGGCUUUCAUUUCAUCUGGAGACUUGAUACGGCACAAGAGAACUCACACUGAUGAGAAGCCAUACAUAUGUGUCGAUUGUGGGAAGAGCUUCAAGAAAUUAUCAUAUCUCAGUAAACACUUGAAAUUCUGCCCUGGAGGGAAAACGCAAAACUGAUCAACGCAGCAAAACAUUUUUGAGUGCUUCAGAGCUGAAGAAACAUCUUUGAGUUCAUACAAAGGGGAAGCCGUAAGGAAGAUUUUCGGUCGUGCUGAUCGUCAGUGUUUUUUGAGGCGCUUUUCACUAUUUGUUGGCAUGAGUGUACACUAAAUCACUCCCUGACCUUAGAUCAGGGAUCACCAAACUUGUUCCUGGAGGUCUGGUGUGCAGAUUGUAGCUCCAACCCAAAUCAAACACACCUGAACAAGUUAAUCAAGAUCUUACUAGGUAUACUUGAAACACCCAGGCAGGUGUGUUGAGGCAACAUGGAGCUAAACCCUGCAGGGCACCGGACCUCCAGGAUUGAGAUUAAUGACUCCUGCCUUAGAUAAUCAUAUAAGUCAUAAAAGAAAAGAGAAAUUAAUCCAUCAAAUCUUGAUCUUUAAUUACUCUCCAUAUUUACCAGAAUGUCUCCCUCCGGCUAACAUUUUUGUAGUCACUGUUGAGUUUAUCAUACAACUCUUAGUGUUCAGACAUCAAUGAAAAAAGCAGCCCCUCAUUCGUCAGGGAUGGCGUGAAACUGACAUUUCAAGUUGUCUAGAUCCUGAUGCGCAAGUGUUUCGAAACACUGCACUGAAGCGUGAUCCGAAACACCCAGAUCAUGUAACUAAAACGAUUCUAAGCAUUAGACAUUUCAGAAGCCUUUCAAAACCUGGUGAAUCUGCGUUUGAUUGGCAGUGUGGGAAGAAAACUCUGUUUUAAGUAGCCUAAUAAGAAUAAUUCCUUUCAUUUAUAUAGCGUUUUUCUGGGUACUCACAGCGCUUUACAAAAUGGGGAGGGGGGGAAUAUCCUCAUCCACCACCAGUGUGCAGCAUCCACCUGGAUGACGUGACGGCAGCCAUUUUGCACCAGACCGCACACCACACACCAGCUGAUUGGUGGAGAGGAGAC